CUGGAUCGUUGGCCAGGGCAUUGAGGGGUACAGGGGGCUUGUCAUCAGCGCAUCAUCACCCACAAAACACCCCACCACGAGGACGCCGUGCCGCGUUAGAAGAAGACUCCCCCUCCAGGGCACAAGCCUGGCAAAACGAUGCAGAGCCAAAAAUUUUUCAUAUUCCCCCACUCCGUGGACAUUGAAUUGUGUCAGCGAUUGCUCCCAAAAGGAAGAAACUCCGCAAGGCUGCAGGCGCCCCCCUGUGCCUGGUUCGAUGGCUGAGGGCCGGAUCCGAACGGCAACGAGCUUGUGAAUGGGGCCGCCCAUGGGUUUUUCGGAAACCUUGGCUCAUGGUCAGUGGAGUGCCUUUCGCUUCACCCCGGCCCAAGAGCGCUCCGCUGGACGAUGAAAAUCGAUCAAAAUGGCGUCUGCCCGCCGCCCUCCGCUGCAUUCGCUUCUCUCCCGUUUCAGUUUCCAGACUCACUUUUCCGUACAGCCGGGAUCUCGCUUGUCUGCCGCUACCCUACCCUCCCAAACAUUCAUCUGACUUCUUCCCCUCCCCUCCCUUUCGAAGCUCCGCCAGCCCGCUCAGCGUGCCAAACAGGCCGUGUGUGACAGUCCACGGGCUCCGAACCGCGGUGGGUUGUGGCACAACCUGAGGAGGUUUAUCAGGCAGGCGUACCAUUAAACGCUGCCGCACCCUUACCCGCUGUGAUCCAAAACGGUCCUCUGGAAAAAAAAAAAAAAUCACGCAGACGGUCUGUUGGGAUCCGACAGACCAGGCAUCAUGUCACCCCACUGCACGAACGAGAUGGAGCACCCGGCGCUCAGCAACGGCGCUGAAGAUACCGAUGCGGUCCCGAGGCUGGUGAAUGGCGCCGCCAACGGCUCUUCAGCGCGAGAGUUCCCCAAAAGCCCCUAUCUCCGGCCCGCAGAUCCCGACGCGGUCCUCGAUUUGGUCUGCGUCGGCUUCGGGCCCGCCAGCGUGGCUAUUGCAGUCGCACUCCACGACUCCAUGGAAGCCGGCAAGAUAACGCAGGCGCCGAAAGUGCUGUUCCUUGAGAAGCAACCUGAGUUUGCCUGGCACGCCGGCAUGCUGCUCCCGGGCGCCAAGAUGCAGAUUUCCUUCAUCAAGGACCUCGCGUCGCUGCGGGACCCACGAUCCAACUUCACCUUCCUCAACUACCUACACAAGAGCAACCGGCUCCUCGACUUUAUCAACCUCAACACAUUUCUUCCCGCGCGUGCCGAGUAUGAGGAUUAUCUCCGGUGGUGCGCUCGGCAUUUUGACGACGUUGUCCGCUAUCAGACCGAGGUCCUCUCGGUCUCGCCCGUCGAGAAGGAGGGCCCUCACAGGACCUUUGCCGUGACAUCUCGCAACCUCAAGACUGGCGCCACAACCACUUCCCUGGCGCGCAAUGUUGUCGUCGCCGUCGGCGGCCAGCCGUCCAUCCCCAAGCUCUUUCCGGCGCACCACCCCCGCGUCAUACACUCGUCGCAGUACGCCCAGCUGGUCCCCAAGAUCUUGCCCGACAAGACGGCGCCCUACCGCGUAGCCGUUAUCGGAGCCGGCCAGAGUGCGGCCGAGAUCUUCAGCAACAUCCAGAGCCUGUACCCGAACAGCAACGCCUUCAUGGUCAUGAGGUCCGAGUUUCUGAAACCGAGUGACGAUUCACCAUUCGUGAACUGCAUCUUCAACCCCGAAUUCGUCGACACUAUUUAUCCCAAGUCCUCCGCCUACCGCGCCAACCUUCUUGCUGAGGCACGGACCACGAAUUACGGAGUGGUUCGGCUGGAGCUCAUCGAGCACCUGUUUGAGAUCAUGUACCACCAGAAGCGGACGCUUGGGCCCGACGAGAAGAAGUGGCCGUUCCGGAUGCUCCCUGGCCGCGAGGUUGUGGCCGUGGAGGAGAAGGGUGACGCGCUCCGCCUGAGAGUCGCGAUGCUGUCGGCUCCCAGCACGGACGACGGGCCUCUCGCGGGCGCGGAGACCCUGGACGUCGAUCUGAUCAUCUGCGCCACCGGCUACAAGCGCACCGCCCACGUAGAGAUGCUCAAAGACACAUGGCAUCUUCUGCCAGAGGCUCCGAGCCCGUGCGGCGAGGCCGACGUGCCUAUCAAUGACCGCUGGCUGGUGCAGACUGGCGAGGCCCAGGGCUCGUCCACCAGGGUGAUGCAAGUUGGUCGUGAUUACGGGGUCCGCUUCUCCCCCGGAGCCGUUGCCCCUGGUUCCGGUAUCUGGUUGCAAGGUUGCUGCGAGGCAACGCAUGGUUUGAGUGAUACCCUUCUUUCCGUUCUCUCUACGCGCUCUGGCGAGAUGGUCCAGUCCAUUUUCGGGGCUUCGGCGUGAUAUCAUCUUGUACCUUUCUUUGCCUAGAAGCUGCAUCUGUAAUUAUGCAUUCUGCCAUUUAAUUAGGCGUCUAUUUACCAUGCGCAUGUGGGCAUUCUGAUUCGCAACCCAAACAAGAAUCACCGACAGUGCACGAGAACAAGAGAAACGAAAUGAGGAGGAACACAAACACAAAGGAGGGCAUUCAAAACGUGUAGGAUACAACCGAGGGUUUCAUCAGGCCGCCAGAAGACCGGAGGAACCGAAGGAAUUCGCCUUUGCUGGAAAGGCUGGAACCGGAAGGGGCGGAAUUUUAGCGGCAGGACUGCGCAAUUGAGUGUUUUAAGUGUCAGGUUGUGGACUUGGAAUGCAAAGAGUAUACCAACCGUCACAAGGCAUUUGCAGAACACCCUGGUU